AUGGUGGCACAAUUAAGGCUAUUGCAAUCAAAGGCAUGUCAAGCUUCCGCAUUUCUGUGCAAGAAGGGAACUGCUUCCUGCAAGCAAGGAAGUGCUUACUUCAAGCAAAUGAUGGAACAGAACAAACAUUUUGUUCAGGAGCCAGCUACUGUCGAGAAAUGCAAUGAGUUGUCCAAACAGUUGUUCUACACUCGUCUUGCAAGUAUCCCUAAACGUAAGGAGGCAUUCUGGAAAGAACUGAAUUACUAUGCAAAGGGUGUAUGUAAGCCCAAGGAAGAAAACCACAUUGAGAAAGUUGGGAUUGCUACUUUGCUUGGGCUUGAAUGCUUUGCUUGGUUUUAUGCUGGUAAGGUCAUUGGUAGGGGUUUCACGCUCACUGGUUACGAUGUCUGAGUUUGCAAGCAAUUCGGUGAAACGAAGAUAUUGGAAAACACAAAGUAUAGGUGUGAUUUUGCUCGCCAAACUUAUAUCGGUGCUAUAUUUUCUCUUUAAGAGUUUUUAA